AUGGUACAGUCAGCUGAGUCUUUGCUUCAGCUACUCCAAAGCUUCCUGAAAAACCCAAUCCAAGUCAAACAAAUCCAUUCCCGCCUAAUCACCAACGGUCAUCUCCUCCCUAACCCAAACCCUAAUUCCCCAAAAUGGAAGAGGACUCUUCUUUACAACAAUCUGAUCAGAGCCCACCUCGAUUCCGGCGAACCCCACAAGACCCUUUUGCUCUUUACCCAAAUGUUGUCCCUUUCAGCACAACCCAACAGCCACACUUUUCCUCCGGUCGUCAAAGCCGCCGGUGGCUGGUUGCGGUGCUCCGGUGGAGCCCUCCACGGGCAAGCUGUGAAGCGCGGCGUUUGGGGGGACCCGUUUGUGCAGACGGCGUUUGUGAGCUUGUAUGGUAGGUUUAAGGAAGCUUGGGAUGCACGUAAGGUGUUUGAUGAAAUGACUGAGCCGUGUGUGGUUGCGUGUAAUGCGAUGCUUGAUGUGUUGGGGAGGAAUGGGGACAUGGCUGGUGCGGUUUCGAUAUUUGAGAGGAUGGUGGAGAGGGAUGUGGUUACGUGGACGAGUGUGAUUAGUGGGUUUGGGAGGAAUGGGUGGUUUGGUGAGGGGGUUUGGUUUUUCAAGAGGAUGAUGGUGAGUGAGGAUGUGAGGAGUGGUUUGGUGAAGCCCAAUGAAGCUACUUAUGUUAGUGUGAUUUCUUCUUGUGCUAAUUUGGAAGGGUGGGGGUCUUUGUAUUGGGGAAAGCAAGUUCAUGGGUAUGUUGUUAGGAAGGAGAGUCAGUUGAGUGUGUUUAUGGGGACGGCGUUGGUGGAUCUUUAUGGGAAGUCAGGUUGUUUGAGAAGUGCUUGGAAUGUUUUUGAGAAAAUGGAGGUUAAAGAGGUUUGUACAUGGAAUGCAAUGAUCUCGGUGUUUUCUUUGAAUGGGUGGGAGAAGGAGGCUUUGGAGUUGUUUGAGGAAAUGAAGGUGGAAAAGAGGUUGCGGCCCAAUGUGGUUACAUUUGUUGCGAUUCUCACAGCUUGUGCCCGUGGGGAUUUGGUGAAGUGUGGUUUGGAUUUGUUUAAAUCAAUGUCCAAGGACUUUGGGGUUGAACCGGUAAUGGAACACUAUGGUUGUGUGAUUGAUCUCCUGGGCAGAGCAGGGCAUUUUAAGGAGGCAGCUGAACUUUUAAAGAGCUUGCCUUUUGAGCCUGAUGCUUCUGUGUUGGGGGCUCUUUUGGGUUCUUGUAAGAUUCAUGGGACCGCUGAGCUGGGAAAUGAAGUUGGGAAAAGAUUGAUCGAGUUGCAGCCACAUCAUUGUGGACGAUACUUGGUUCUGUCAAACAUUAAUGCUGGGAAUGAGAGGUGGGAUCAUGCUGCUGCUGUGAGGAAAGAAAUGGUACAUGCUGGAAUUCAGAAAAGUCCAGCCUAUAGUAUGAUUGAUGUAAGGUAGAAUUUGUGCCACUUAAUUUCUGCAAUGGCGAAUGACAAUGACAGCUAUUUUUCUUUAGAAUUUGAUGUUAGCUACUAUAGAAUGACAGAACUCAG